AUGACCGUUCUCGGUGCUCUGCCUCUACAACGAUCGACAAUCUCACAUGAUCACCUCGCCUCACCUUGUCGGCUACAUCACCUUGCCAACAACCUCACCAUGUCGGCAACCUCAGGGUCACUUAAACAAAAAAGACCAAGUGAAGUGCAGCAUCCAGUGAAAGCUGUACGAACGGAAACAUCUAGGCAAAAGAUUGCUUUGAAGUGUAUGGCUUCUACGGGAAGAGGCUGCACUUGCAUCUGUCUCCCCAAAGCUGCCUCUUGGUUAUCCGGCCAGGUUGCUGGACUUGCUAUAGUUUCUGUUGUUUGUUUCACUUCAAGUUCAGUCGUUGCUAUAUUUACAAAUAUACCCGUUCUGUAUCAUUGUGAGUGGCGGGGAAUUGGAGGACUCUAUGCCUCUCUUUUACUUAUUGUCUACUACUUCAUAGGUUCAUCCGUACCUUUAGGUUUUGUGUUAUGGGUAAUGAGAGAAUUGCCACCUUCGGUUGUGGUUAAUGUUCCAGAAGAAUCUAGAACACUUGCUUUUGUAAGUGACUAUUCAACUACUACAACACGACCACAACAUUGGACUACUAUUACAACUGCACAAAAUCAGGGAUCAAGGGCAAGUCCAAUAUGA